AUGUACGCGUGCCAUGUCCAGUGGGUACUUUUAUCGAUUGCAAUCACCGCGGCUGCAACACCAGUUGAGUUUCGAAACACUCGUGCUGCCUUCACCGUUCCUCAAUCUGUCAAGAAACCCUUUGUCAAGACUGGUCCAGCUGCUCUCGCAGCGUUGUACAGAAAAUAUAACAAGGUGGCUCCACAUGCAGUGAAAACUGCCGCUACAAACGUCAAAGGGACAGUCCCAGCAUCACCUGAAGACUACGAUUCAGAAUAUCUGUCAACCGUGAGCAUUGGUGGCCAGACUGUAAAUCUGAAUUUUGACACAGGAAGCUCUGAUCUCUGGGUCUUCUCUUCGCAACUCAAAGACAGUCUUAAGCAAGAUCACGAUGUCUACAGCCCGAGUAUCUCAAGGGGCUCUCGACUUCUGGCAGGUGAGUACUGGACGAUACUAUAUGGUGACAACAGCGAGGCUGAAGGCAAUGUGUACCUUGAUACCGUCAAGGUCGGCGCAACAACCGCAAUCAAUCAAGCCGUCGAAGCCGCUCAGUCCGUCUCCACUUCGUUCGAGCAGGACAUUGACAGCGACGGCAUCCUUGGUCUCGCCUUUGACCUGGUCAACCAAAUCAAGCCGGACCGCCAAAAGACUUUCUUCUCCAACGUCAGGAGCACCCUCGCCGCACCACUCUUCACUGUCGAUCUAAAGAGAGGGAAGCCCGGAUCAUACGACUUUGGUUACGUAGACGACAGUAAGCACACUGGGAGCAUCACCUACGUGCCAGUCGAUAGCCGUAACGGGUUUUGGGGUUUCACAUCCAACGGCUAUGCAGUCGGCAACAGUGGCUUUACUUCCACAAGGAUUGACGCAAUUAUGGAUACGGGGACCUCCCUCAUUUUGUUGCCGGAGGCGGUGGUCACGGCGUAUUAUAAGCAGGUACCGAGUGCGAUAUACUCUGAAGAGCAGGGAGGAUGGACAUUGCCGUGUAUAGCAGCUCCACCGAGCAUCACAUUGGGUUUUGGGUGGUACAAAGCAGUGGUUCCUGGAUCUUAUAUCAAUUAUGGGCCGGUGGAGUCGGGGGGUGUUUUAUGUUAUGGUGGCAUUCAGAAGAAUAGUGGAAUCGGCUUCUCGAUCUUCGGCGAUGUCUUCAUCAAAUCGCAGUUCGUGGUAUUCGAUGCUUCGGGUCCACGACUUGGUGUUGCUCCUAAAAUGCUACAAUCUUGA